AUGGCUGCCGUCCCGUCUUCCUCUCAGUCUGGUUCGAGCGACAGCUGGCAGAGCCGAGCCUCUGGACCCGCCCUAACGGGGACCGCGCCUCGGUCUUUUGAUUUACCACCUAGGCCUACAGGCGAUUCCGGAACAACCGCCGCGAUUCAGGGAGCGUCGUCGGAUGCUGCAUCGGGAUCGCAUCGUACGGUGGGGGAGUCCGCAGGCAGAUCUGUCAUCCGCCGAUCCUUCUUCCCCAGAUCGUCGUCGGAGAAAGGCGUAGUUUCUGCGCGAAUACCCCCGCCGGGACCAUGGGGAAGUGCCAGCGGAGGCCAUGGGGGAAGUCAAGGGGGAACCGCGUCGUCUUCCCCCUGCCCGUCCGCCGGCUCCAGUCAUCCGGAGGAGCUUCAAGAUCUCUCAGAGUCCGCUUCCGCUUCCGCUUCCGCCUCCGCCGGCGUGCCUAGCGCGGGAACUGGAGCUAGCGCAGGCCUUGUUCGACAUGCCAGGGAUGCCAGUCUUUCCGCCGGGAUUGCCGAUACCAGGGGUGGAGUGGGCGCUUUCCCCCGCACGUCCGCUUCCCCCUUCUCCUCCUCCUCCCCCUUCCGCCCUCACCGGCGCACUCCCAGCCCGAAUUUUUUCUUCUUCCGCCGAUCGUUGGGCGGGGACGAAAGCAUUUCCGCUUCCAUCUCCUCCGCCGACGCGGAGGCGCAGGGGGAGGGGGAACGGUUAGGGGAAUUAGAAGGGCAAGGGGAAGAGGAAGGAAACUCUCCCGUGUUUUCCGGGUGCUCUGGGCGCAGAGGGGUUGGUAUCGGGUCAUGGGGGGGAAGCGGGGACGGCGCCAAUAACGCGGGGGGACUGUUUGGGCUGAUCGGAAGCGGGGGAGUGGGGCUCGGCGCAGGCGCAGGCGCUGGCGCGGAUGGAAGCGGGGGGAUGGGGAUUGGGGGAUUGAGACGGCUGAGUAGGACCACGUCAGCGCCAGCGUGGAACAUCCAGCAGGCGCUGCGUCAGGUGGAGGAGGAGGGAAGAGGUGAUGGUAACGAGGGGAAGAAGCAGCACAGACGGAGAAAGAGCGGGAGACGGAGUAGCAGCGGGAGCAUGGGUUUCGAAGGUGCUGGUGGUGGUAGUUCUGCUGAUGGUGGUGCUGCUGGUGGUAUUGGGGAGUUAAGAACAGCUGGGGAAGGCGGUAUGUCUGGUCGUUCUAGUGCGGGUGAGGGGCGGGACGAGGAGGAGGAGGGGAGGGCGAGGGAGGCGGAAGAGGCGGAAGGGGAGGAGAGGGAAGGGGAAGAGGGGGACGAGGAGGCGGAGGGCGCGGGAUCAGAAUCGAGUGUAGAUGAAAGGGAGGAGGGAGAGGAGGGUGAGGGGGGCGAGACGGGCACCGAGUGGACUGAGGGAACGGAUGGGGAGGAGUCAGAAGGCAUAGGGGGGAGUGAGGAUGGGAUGAGUGGAGGGGAGGGGUGGCAUCGGCGGCAGCAGCAGCAGCAGCGGCGAAGGCAGGGACGAAUGCGCGCCGAGCAGCUGUAUGUAGAGAUCCCCCCUGAAGAGGGAGGGGGAGCGGACGAUCUCCCCCUCCCCACGCCUAGCGACGGCGGAAGCAGCAGCACGCGCAGCGUAGGCGGGGGAGGCGGAUUCCGGGGGCUUGGGGGGCUCGGGGGGUUCGGGGGAUCAGGGGGAGCGGGUGCGGAAAGGUCCACGGGGACCCCCCCGUUGCCCAAAUAUGCUUCCCCGCGGCGCAGAAAGAUUACGGUUAAGGGGAUGCCGAGUCCUAGGCGGAAGGAAGGUACUGGCGGAGCGGGAGGCGCGGGGGGAGGGGGGAAGGGCGGAAGCAGCGCGCGCAUGCUGUCUCGGAUGCUGCAUGGGGCGGGGGCAGGGGGGUUGUUCGGGGGAAAGGGCGGAGGUGCGGGGGAGGGAGGCGGAGGCGCAGGGGGAGGCAAAGGCGGGGAUCAAAACAGUCAAAAACUAGUCAUAGAAGGCCCGGAUAGGUUCAAUCUGCUGCUGCUAGAGGAAGGGGAGUACUAUUUUAAGGACUACGCGUGUAAUUAUUACCCCAACGGCGGCACGCAGCGGGUGCAGGGGCACCUGAAGCUGUGCAGCGGGUCGAUAUUCUUUGUGCCCAAGAGCACCCUGGAGCCCGUCUUCCGCAUCCCCUUUGGCUGCGUGUCGGCUGUUGACAGGGCGGCGCACAUGGGGGGGGAGAGGGGGGAGGAGUUUCUGAUCAUAUGUGCGAGUGAGCGCACAGACGUGAAGGUGGGCAACCGCCACGCGCCCUACCGCCAUCACCGCGGCGACUUCGCCUUUGCCUUUGCUCUGCUGUACACGUCGCUGGCGGCGGUGCUGCCGCGCGUGUCAACUCUGCUUGACAUCGCCCAGGGGCCCUCGUGGGAGCAGCCGGGCAAGCUGAGUGCGAUUGUGCAAGAGCACGAGCAGGAGGUGCGGUUCAACCCAGGGUGGCUGGAGGAGGGGGACGACAGGGUGGUGGCGGAGCUGGUGGGGUCGCAGAUGCUGCCCCUCGUGCUGCAGCCGGGUCGCAUCAUCCUCACGCCCUACAGCGUCUACUUUCAACCCUUCAAUGUCGUGUCGUCUGUGCCUGUCGUGCGGCAUCCACUGAGGACGGUCACGGCUGUCAUGCGGCGAAGCACACACCUCCAAGAGAUCGGAGUGGAGAUCUUUUACUCGCAAUGGUCAAGCAUCUACUUCACGUUCAAGUCAACUCAGGACUGCUCCCGGUUCUACUCACUGCUGCUGCAGCAGCCCGGGCUGUCGAUAGAGAGCAUGCGCAGUAGGGACAAGUGGGUGAGGGAGUGGGUGAGUGGCGGCAUCUCCAACUUCGACUACCUCAUGUACCUCAACCGCGAGGCUAUUCGCUCCUUCAACGACCUCUCGCAAUACCCCGUGUUUCCUUGGGUUAUUGCCGACUAUACCUCCAAGGAGCUGGACCUUACCUCCCCAGCCACCUUUCGAGACUUGCGCAAGCCUGUGGGAGCGCUCAACCCCGACCGCCUGGAGAAGUUCCGCCAGCGCUACGAUGAUCUAGCAGAGCUUUACGAGGACUGGGCGGGAAACUUCCCGGAAGGCGAGGUGCCGCCGCACGUGCCGGGCACGCCGUCCCCGGCGUUCCUGUACGGGUGCCACUACUCGACGCCCGGCUACGUGGUGUAUGUGCGCGUGCGCGAUGCCCCCCAGCUCAUGCUUCGCCUGCAGAACGGCCGAUUCGACAUGCCCGACCGCCUGCUCUCUUCCAUCCCUGAGAUGUGGGAGGGGGCAUACAACAACCCAUCCGACCUCAAGGAGCUUAUUCCAGAGUUCUACUCGCUCUCCACGUCCUUCCUGCUCAACUCCCAAGGAUUAGAUUUAGGCGUCAAGCAGGACGGAGUGCCGGUGGGGGAUGUGGUGCUGCCCCCCUGGGCCACCGACGCCCACGACUUUGCCGCCAAAAUGCGCCAAGCGCUAGAAUGCCCCUACGUGUCAAAGCGCCUACAUCAUUGGAUCAACCUGGUGUUUGGGUGCAAGCAGAGGGGCGAGGCGGCAGUAGAGGCAGACAAUGUUUUCCACCCGCUCACCUACGAUGACAUAGGGGCUCAGGUGCUGGCAUCAGUGGAGGACGACACAGUGCAGCAGGCGCUGACAGUGCAGAUGAGGGAGUUUGGCCGCACGCCCAAGCAGCUCUUCACCGCGCCGCACCCGCGCCAGCUGCGCAAAGAAGUGCGAGUCAUCCACAGAUAUGUGCGCACGGCAUCACGGGCCAUGCGGCUGCCAUCCCUGUUCCUCCAGUCAACAGUGGACGCCCACAUUGUGGUGCAGUCGCUCUCCACUCUCAACCGCGUCUCCACCCACCGCUCCCACCUCGACACCAAACUCAAGUCCCGACGCGGCUACAAGACUAUCCUGAUGGGAGCGCUGAAUCCUCUCGUGGAGCUGGCACUGCCAGACCGGUCGGUGUAUCGCGCCAUCGCGCAAGUGGCGGGGGGCGAGAAGGACAGGGAAGGGCAGGAGUUUGGGCUCGAGUGGCUGGAAAACACAGCCAUGUACAGAGAAGCAGACAUGCUUCAAAUCUCGAGUGCCAAGUAUAUGCUGCCUCUCAUGCCUCUCGCUCUCUCCAAGCGCACCGACCAGCGGGCGGCAGCCAUGCGGGCGGUUGCCGCCCUUUGCAAGCCAGACGCCAACCGGCAAUUCGUCUAUUCUGCGGGCUUUCUGGAGCCCAUCGAGGCAGCGAUCGUGGGCGGAUAUGACCGGGGCACCAAGGCGGCAGUAGACGCCAUUGCAAAGCUCUCCGUGCUGCCAGAGGUGGUGGAAGAGUUCAGUACAGCUGGCGUCCUCUCAUUGGUCGACCUCCUCGUCAUGAGCGACAACUCGCUGCAGGCAGUGGAGACCCAGGCGUUGGCAUGUGAGGCGUUGUGGCGGCUGUGUGGGUUGAGGCGCCACCGCCUGCCAGCUCUCGGCCGGGACGUGCUGCAGCGCCUGCUGCCGCUGGUGCGAGCAGGGGAGCACUUCACGGUGGAGUUGAGGGAAAUGGCGCUCAGAGCACUGGCUGCUGUGUGCGUGGAGACCAGCAGCCAGGAGGAGAUGCUUCAAAGAGGAGGCCUCAAGGAGGUUCUCGAGAUCUGCGCCAUGGAGGCCGGAAACAUCCUGGAAGCUGCCAUUGCCGCGCUUGCCGCCCUCUGCCGCAACCCGGAGCUGCGACUACAAAUCGCCGUGGAGGGCGGGCUUCGUCUCUUGUGCAACGCGUCGUGCGCCGCCGAGGUGCAAAUACAGGAGGUGGCAGCGAGUGCGCUGCAGAGCCUGCUGGGCGACGGGGUGAUUUUGAACGGCGUGAUCCGGGAGGAGGGGCUGUGGUCGAUUAUUGCCAUGGCUCAAUCGCAGCACCACGAGGUGCAGCGGCUGGCAGCGAGAGCCUUCUGGUACCUGGCGAUUCACUGCGAGAACAAGCGACAGGUGAUGGCGUUGGGGGGACUGCAAUCACUUCUAGCAUUAGCAGCGCUGGGGGAGCGCAACCGGCAUGCCACGCUGCUGGCGGAGGAGGCGCUGCUGCGCCUCUCAGAGGACCGCCACAUCCAUGCCCACCUCAUGCGCGAACAGGCCUUUCUAGCUCGCACCUCUGCCGCUGGUGGCGCUACUGCUGCUGCUGCUGCUGCUGGUGGUGGUACUGGUGGUGCGGCUGGUGGUGGUGGGGGUGCUGGUGGUGGUACUGGUGGUGGUAGUGGUAGGAGUGGUGCUGAUGGUGAUGGUGGGGUUGGAAGGGGUGAUGGUGACGGGGAAAGCAGCGGAAGAAGAAGGCAAGCAGGAGGAGCAGGAUCAACAGCAGGAGCAGGAGGAGCAGCAGGAGGAGGAGGAGCAAGAGGGGCAGGCAUGGGCUCGUCAGUGAGUUCCUCAUUAGCAGCAACAGCAGGCUCCCAACACCCAAACCACUCGGCAGCAGCAACCCCGACCGCCUCCACGUCCGCCCCAUCGCCCUUCCCGCUCUCCACCUCUGACUUUGAAGGCUUCUCCGGCUUCUCUGCUAGCAGCCCCAGCGCCCAGUCCGACCAGUCCUGGGCUUUAACCUGGUCGAACAGCAGCAAAUGGGAGGCGCCUAGCCCGGGUAGAAUGUCUGUAGACAGCCACACUGUGUCGGUCGCGCCCUUUGUCCCCUCGUCGCUGUCCGUGGGAUCGUCUAGCUCAAACGCUGCUGCUGUGGCUGCUGCUGGUUCUGCGGCUGCAGCUGCUGCUGCUGCGGCUGGUGGUGCUAGUGGUGCUGGUGCAGGGGGCAUGGUAGCUGCAGGGAAGGGGAUGGUGUAUCAGCGGCCCCUGACGCCUCCCUUCUGGAGCAGCUCUGUUCUCUCUCCCGCCACCAGCUCUGCUGCUUUUGAUUCCACCCAUAAGCAGCAUCCUACCGCUUCUUCUGCUGGUGCUGGUGCUGGUGCCGGUGGUGGUGGUGGUGGUGGUGGUGGUGGUGUGACUGCUGCUGCUGCAGCUUCAGCUGCUGUUGCCACCAGUGACAGUCAGAACAGCAGCGUCUGA